AAUUUCUUUUUCUUUUACCUUUAGGGCUGGGUCCGCUCCGUCCGAUCCCAGAAGGAGGUUUUGUUCCUGCAUGUAAAUGAUGGGAGCUCUCUGGAAAGCCUCCAGGUGGUUGCUGAUCCCAGUCUGGAGUGUAGAGACCUGACUUUUGGAAGUGCAGUGGAAGUGCAAGGGAAACUGGUCAAAAGCCCUCACAAGAUGCAAGAUGUGGAGCUGCAAGCUGAAGCCAUUCAUGUGGUGGGACCUUGUGACACUUUGUCAUUCCCCUUCAAAAUAAAGGAGAGGCACCCACUGGAGUACGUCCGGCAGUUCCCACACUUGCGAUGCAGAAGCAAUGCACUUGGAGCCCUCCUGAGAAUCCGCAGUGAAGCCACGGCAGCAAUCCACUCAUUCUUCCAGGAUAAUGGCUAUGUGCAUAUUCAUACUCCCAUAAUUACAUCAAAUGACUGUGAAGGUGCUGGGGAACUCUUUCAAGUUGGGAGAAGAAGUAACUCUGGAUCCCUGAAGAGUGUAAGUUCAUGGCUGUGUGGCCUGUGGAACCAGAAAUGUGUGUCUGCUACUGAAAUUUACUCCUACCAUGCUUCUGACAAAUAACCCUGUCAGCACCAAGAAAGACUGGGAUCUGCUGGGAAGAGAAGCACGGUUAAAUGCAACAGGAUUAGCAUCCAUCAGGUGUUUCCCCUUCAGAGAUGUGUCACAGUCUGGGAGGCAGCCAGUACCUGGGAGCCUGGGACUUCAAGAGAGCUGCUCAGCAGGGCUCAGCUGGAACUGAGCUGAGGGAGAGCUUGCUGUCAUCUUCCCUGGCUCUCCUGGUUUAUGUUUUUCUCUACCUGGUUCUUCACUGUCUGUAAUUCCAGUAUGUUUGUGUGAGAUGUUUCUUGCAGCAGAAACAGCUGAUCAGCUGGACUCCCACUGGGCCAUAGCAGAAUUAGGGCUGGAAUGGAAAGGAGGACUUCUUUGAAGUUAAAAAUUCUGCAGUUUAUCUAAAGAGGAAAGCCCACUCAUGUUUGUAAUAGGGCAUCACAAAGGGUAGUCUGGAUUGAAGUUGUGUCACUGUGAAGCUUCAGCAGUGUGCUGUUGUGGGCCUCUCUAGAGCUAAAGCAGUGAUUUCUGUGAGCUUUAAAAGUCAUCUCCUAUCCCCUCAUGCUUGCGUAGAGUAAAAGAAUCAAACGGUUUAUACUCUCCUAAAGCAAAUUGCCUCAAGUAGAAGUUAAUGCAAGACUGACAUCAAAGUGAAUAAUUUUAAAUUAAAUCAUUAGACAUUUGAGAAGGAGAACAAAACAGGUACUAAAUCCAGUUGUUCCCGUACUUAGAAUGAAAAUAAAAAGCCUUUGAUGUUGAUGUCAAAUCCUAGCCUGUUUAUAGUGCAUUUACUCUGAAACACCGAGAUGUUUCAUACAGAUUCCCCCUCCCUCUCUCUUCAC